UUUUUCGAAUUACCACUUUUAAUUAUUCAACCAACACUAAUUUUAUUUUUAAAUUAACCACAAUGUCAAACUCCAUUGUGGCAGCAAUCUACCGCUAUGUUAUAGACGACGUUGUGCGCAACGUGCAGGCCGAUUUCGAAGGCCACGGCGUCGACACCUCGGUUCUGGAAGAGCUGCAGCGCAGCUGGGAAGCAAAGAUAAUUCAGAGUCGUGUGGCCUCAUUUCCCGGAGAGGACGCCGGUAACGACAUUGACAAUGCGACGGUUGACGGUGCCUCCGAUGAUGAUGAUGACGACGAGGACAGUGGUGACCGUGCCAACGAUGACCUUGACGGAAACAGAGAGGCACCCGAAGAUGCCAUCAACUCCGACCUCGAUGACACCGACGAGGAGGACGACUAUGAAGGCGGCGCCGAAGAGACAGAGCAUAUAGUCUUGUGCCAGUAUGACAAGGUUACUAGAAGCAAGAACAAGUGGAAGUGCGUUUUGCGCGACGGCAUCAUGUUGAUCAACGGCCGCGACUAUCUGUUCCAAAAGGCAACCGGCGACUUUGAGUGGUAG